CCAGUAUCUACCAUCGAGGUUACGUCAAGCUAUCGAGUUUACGGAUAUCUCUGAAUCUCACGCUAAUGCUGUUGAACAAUGCUUAGCACUGCAUGACAUCGCAAAAAUAUCAGCAUAUAAUUUUUUACUGAUAAUUUUUUUUCCUGAAAACACCCUCAUCAUAAAACUGGGUCAGUAAGGACAAUUACUAUACUAGACAAAGACCAAAGUCUGACUCUAACUUACUUGAUUUCCUUCCUCCUAGCUCCUGGGCGCUGGUACUACUGCUUGCUUACAAAGCCUUUGUAGUUUGUAAUUUAUUUGAGACGCCAGUCGAUCGGAGCUUUGCAUCGAGUGUUUGUCGUAGUCGUAACCGCCGUGGCUUGCUACAUGCAUGACAUGAGCUGACUGUUCAUUGACAAAAAUCCUAAGUUAGAUCUACUCCAAUUUCCAAUCUCUAACUUUUCGGCAAAAUGUCGUUUUGUUCCUGGUUUGGUGGUGAGAAGUACAAAGAUCAUUUUGAAAAUGGUAUCUAUGUCUGUGUGGAGUGCGGACACGAGCUCUUCUCCAGCAUGACCAAGUUUGAGCACUCGUCUCCAUGGCCUGCUUUCACCAAGACUGUGAGAGAGGAUAGUGUCUCCAAGAGACCAGAAGGACCUAGUGCUUUGAAGGUAUCGUGUGGAAAGUGUGGCAAUGGCUUGGGGCAUGAGUUCUUGAAAGACGGCCCAGACGGUGUCCAGUCCCGUUUCUGAAUAUUCUCGUCUUCCCUGAAGUUCAAGAAAGGGAAGACAGUCACAGAGAAUGGUACAAAAUCAUAGUUACAUCUAGAGUUUAUCAUCGAUGGUGGAAUUAGGCCAUCAUCUAUCCAUCCAGAUACAUGAAGUUCACAAGGCUGAACAUAGAACAACAGAGCAAGGAGCAAGUACCAGUUGAGCAGUGUCAAUAUCUGUUUAGAUACUAAUCAUAUUCUUGCAAGUACAUGCAUAAGUCAUAUUUCCAAUUUCUUUCUUCAGGAUAUAUAAGGCAGGAUAUAUAGUCACAUUGAAACUUAAAAUAUGCUGGUAUAACACAGUGACGCAUAAGCUAUAUUCUUACAGAGCAACAGCUUGUUAUAGAACCCUUAUAAAUGGAAAAUGAAAUUAAAAUAAUGAGAAAAUAUAUAGUGUACCGGGUACACCAAAAGUUAAUCAAAUUUUUACAAGGAAUGAUCAUUGUCCCAUCACAGAUUUUUAAAAAGAUUAAUAUAUAAAAGGGACAGAUAAAAUUUCAUGAAAAAAAAUGCUGCAAAAAGUUUCCUGAGGAAUGCUUAAUUUAAAAUAUGUACAUGUAUCAAGAUGGAGAUGAUAUCCUUUUUCUGCUUUAAAUACCUUUUUAUGAAAUGAAAUAUUUAUUCAUGAAUUACCAAUUUUCUUGAAAAUAAUGACUAAAUAUCAAGCUUGUACAGUAAACUCACUUUGCAGGAUGAAAUGGUUCAACUAAAUUUGUAAUGAAUGUUGUACCAUUGAUGGUUGCAUCGAAGUAGCUUGCGCCUUGCGUGAUAUAUAAUCGUUUGAAGAAAGAUAUGGUUCUUUAAUUUUGAAGACUAGUUUGCUUUAUUACUAUUUCAAUUAACUCGACCAUCAAUAGCAUUUCAAAUAACCCAAUUUGCUCAAUUAUUUUUUCAAGGUUUGAAGUUACAUCUAAUGACUCCUGCCACCAAAAAAUCUUUGAUCACUGAAAUUAUUCAUUGAAGGAAAGAGGAUCAACUUUGGUCAAGACCAUUGAUAAUUGAAGGGUUUUUUUUUACUGAGGGUUGAGGGAGGGGGGGGGGCAAAAACUGAUAAAAUAUUUUCUUUUAAAUACAAGUUAGUGGAAAAAAUAAAUCAGCUGACCACUGUACAAAUAUUUUUUAUGAAGGAUUUAGCUAAAUCUUCUCUUGGAAUAAUAAGAAUUUGCCCCCAAAUUUAGAGGAGGGCUUAAAGCCUUGAAAUUUCAAGGAAUGACAACUACCCCCUCUUCCUCGCUGGGAGCAACCAUGGUCAAGACCAAACAGAAAUUCAUUGUCAAUGUUUGCCCGUGUCAUAAGAAAGAUUUCUGGAGAGGGUCCAUGAGACCGAGUGUUAUGUAUACAUGUAUGUCUACAUAUAUGUAAUACAGAAACAUCAGAAUAUCUUCCGCUCAGCCUGAUCUUCAAUACAAACUGAAAUAUACAAUCUAUAAAACACAGUAAUUAUUUCAACCAUAUGUAAAGUCAACUAUAAUUCCCCUUCAGGGCAUGUUUAAAACCGAAAGUAACGUUCAUAAGAUUAGGCUAAGCAGAAAAUAAUUUUGAAAUUUUUGAAAUAGACAUACGUACUCCUCGGUCUUGUGGGAAGACCCCCGAUUUCCUUUGAAUUAAAGUAUUGGAGGAUAAAUGUUUGAAAGUGCAAUCCUCGGAACAAGUCGACAUGAACACCACCACCUUUAAAAUCCAAUUAUAAUGUUCAUAAUUUCAAUACGCGCUAUUUGUUGUUCUUGCUGAAAUGUAUUUACUCUGUCUUCAGUUUAUGGAAGGAAAAUUCUGAUUAUAUUGUUUGUGAUGCAGCGUGACUUACUACAGCUAAAGCUUCUACGGCAGCUGUAGUUCUGAUGAUUAGCCACGACCAUGGUCCCUUCUGUAACCUGGAGACAUACACCUCAUCAUUCAGCAAGUUGUUUAAAAGUUUCUGAUAUUUUUUUUAUUUAAGUUUGCACAAAUAUGAAUGUUUCUUUCAUUUCAAAUACUCAUCACUUUCAUGCGGGUUGUCAGUAUCAAAGCAGACAUUUUUUUCUCUUUCUUUCUCCUAUAUUAGCAAUUACUACAGAUUUUCAUCAAAAUUGAUUUUUUAUUUUCGUAACCUGUUUACCUGUAAAUAUACAAGAUUUUAUUUUUUUGUGAUAGAUAUUUGUCAUAUUGAGUCUUAUCGUUGUAUGUGUACAUGAAGGUUUAAAAGAUGAAAUUGAAAUUUAGCUUUAGGCAGUCAGAUGUAGGCUACAUAUAUGUUUGAAUGGGUCGUUGAUAGUUUUCAUUGUGGAGAAAUUGUAUCCUACAAAUCUGCUGUGUGUGCAAAUUUACCGUGUGUGCAACACUUUAAUACCUACAUGUGAUUUUGUACCAUAUGUAUUUUGGUUGAAUAUCACAAUAAUUUUUUUUUCAACAAGAGGAAUGAGAUUUUGUGAUGAAAGCAAUAAAAAUACUACAGUAUUUACGUAGGAUUCUUACUGAUUUAUACCUGUAAUAUAUCUGUAAACGGUAACGCGCUUUAGAGACAUCGUCCAAUGAAUUCUAGCGCUGUAUUAAAGCGGAAGAAUAAAUACUGCAUUUAUUCCAGCUAUCAAGACUUACUGCAUGACUGAAUGGAUACUUUAGGGAGGGGGUGGAUGGUUUUGAUGGGGAAGGGGGCAUGAUAACCUUAAGAUGACAUAAUUGUUUUAUUGAACCAGUUGAAUUAAAAUAUUAAUAAAAAAUAAUAUAGGAUUUGUAUAGCACACGUAUCCACCUUGCUAGGUGCUCAAGGCGCUCCUAUAUUACCCCGGCUAAGCUAGUCUACCGAUUCUGGUGCGCACAGCUUUUUGAGGAAUUACUUCCUGCCGGUACCCAUUUACCUCACCUGGGUCGAGUGCAGCACUGUGUGGAUAAAUUUCUUGCUGAAGGAAAACACGCCAUGGCUAUGAUUAGAAAAUGAACCUCUCUGGUAAUUUUCUGUCUCAUUUUUUCCUUUUGUUUUUUUAAAAUACUUUUGUCACUACUUAUCUUCAUCUCUUAGGUGCCGCCUCAGGGAUAUUCCAUCAUAUGGUGGGUGAUUCAUAAAGUAGAUCGUGAAGUUAUGCUUGAUUUUACAUACAAAUGGCACAUGUUCUUUGGUGCUAAGUCGGCAACAUACUGAACAUAGCUAUGGUAGGGAUAUCAUUUAGCACAAGAAAGGGUCACUAGUCAAUAUGUUUUUAUGCAUUUUGAUAAGGAAUGGAGCAUUUAAAGAUCAACAAAAGUUAUGCCAAAGCUGGAAAUAUUGAAACAUUCUGAGCAAUGAAAUUCUCUUGAUAGCUAGGAUUUAGGAAGAAUGGUAUGAACUGAUGAUCCAAUGCAAAGAAAUGCCCUUUCAGUCCCCUCGCAUUCAAAAUGUAAUCGCUGAAACUGUCAGUUUCGGCUAUUAUUCAACUAUUGAUUGAGUGUAGUCAUGAAGAAUCAAGUGAUUUCGUCAUUAUUUUGGUGAUUCAAAAACACUGGUUUGUUACGUGCAUUGUAAACCGCCUUUCACAGUCUUUUUGAGAAACUUCUAUUACUCAAAUUCACUAAUCACUACCAGAACUAAAUGUAAUCUGACACCCUACCAGUAUCAUGUAUGGAGUUGAUUUGUACUUUUUUAGCUGAUACAAUACGCAUGCAGGGUUGCAAUUCAGAAUACAUUUGUAAACGCUGUAUAAAAAGAAACCCAGGAUUAUCGUGUGUGUUAGCCGGACCAUCCUUGUGUCUCGUUGUGUGCGUGUGAAUAUUAUUCAUGUGAAAUAUUAAUCCCCAAGAAAAUCACAAGUGCUCUUGUUCUUCGUCCAUUUUUUUUUUACCCGUUGUAUAGUACUACUGAAUUCAGGCACAGUACACAGGUAGAUACAUGGUCUUUUUAUUGUGCUACCGGGGUAAUCAGGAAGCUUUUAUUUCAAAACAUGAUGUACAGUAUAAUGUAAAGCUAUGAAAUCAUCUGUGUUGUACAUGUAUAUGUUGGUAUGAAUUUGAAUCUGUUCUCACAUUUGAUAGUACUCUGGUAUUGCAAUGGUCUAUACAGGUAGUAGUUUUCAUAUUUGAUGAUUAAAAUAUGUAUUUAUAACUAUAAAAUCCAUCAUCACAAUCUUAAAACUGACACGGUCAAAUGUCAUUAAUCAACCAGUGUAGUAGAGAUCAGUCACAAUUGUACAUAAUGGACUUUUAAAUAUGAAAAAUGCUAGCGCUCAUUGUGAUUGUCUGGGUAAUUUUCACGAUUUCUUUUGAACUUUUUCAUUCUUAAUAAAGCAGAUGAAAUAGAACCUCGAUUCAAAGAAUAGUUCUAAGAUUUUGUUAUUGAAAUAUAUUUAAAUAGCUAUUGAUUAUCUUAAUUCAUUAUGUUCUCAAGAAAAAAAUGAAAUAUAAACAAAAAUGUGUUAGCAAUGGCUAUGUCAGUAACUAAUUGAAAGCGAUUCAUUGUUUAUUAUGCAAUUUGUAGUUUAGAAUAAAAGUAGGGAUAUUUUCGUAUUGAAUGUUUAUCUCGUGAAAUAUAUUUAGUCUCACCCUCUUGUUUUUUUAAUCAAUGCUGAUGCUCAAAUUCUGAUAUGCUGUGUGCAAAAUUUAUUAUACUAUUCACCAGUUUGUUGGGCUUCCUCUGUCAGUCAGAGAACAUGUAGAAGAUGAUUCUGUUGUUUAAUAUUGGAACCUCUAUUUGAAUGCAGGAUGUAAUAUUAAAAUGUUACUGUGUAAUCAUGUGUGAAUAUUUGUUCAAAUAAACCUUGGCAUAUUAAUAAUAA